AUGGAAACGAACUUCACUGAGAACAACAAUGUCGUGAUAAUUCGUGAACAACAAAAGCAGAACGACGUUCAGGACACUAGUCGCAUUAUCAAUCAUGAUUCUGAUGAUGUUUCAACACACGAAUUAGAUCCUUCCCCUUAUGGCCAAUUUGUGCCACUUCUCUGUAUGGAACGGGCAGGUUUGUUUGGCCUGAAAAAGGCUGCUUGGUUGUUCAAGAAUGCUGCCGAAUAA